UUCUUCUCUCCUCUCCUUUUUCCUUCUCUCCUUUCCUCUCCCUUAUCCUUCCUCUUUCUAUCCUCCCAUCCAUGGCAAAACAUGGAACUCCCCUCCAUCCCCAAACUCGCCCGUGAAGAAAGCGACCUCGCCUCCCACGACUCCGUCACCCACCACCCUGGCCCGGAAAAAGUCACCCUCGCCCGCUCCCGCGGCCGUCGUCACCCCCGCCUCAUCGACCAGCACCAGUUCAAAAACUCCCUCCUCGCGGGCGUGGGCUAUCUCGAGCUAGCCAACGCGGGCGAUUUCGCAGCAAAUGUAUGGAAUGAGACACCCCCGCCGCAGUUUGCGGUGAUCCUGAUGGCGAUCGGGGGCAGUGUGGCGCUGUGUAUGGUGUUUGUUGCGCUGCAGGAUUUCCGGCUGAGUUGGCGGAAUGUUAAGCUGUUGAGGGCGGAGCGGGGGAUGUUGCAUGCACUGCGGGAUGGGACUGAUGAUCCGGAUUUGUUGCGGUUGUUGCAUUCGCGGCUCGGGGUGGGGGUGAGGGAGAUUGGGACGGAGGUGGUGGAUCGGAUGUUGAUGGAUUCGCUGAUGGGGACGGGGUCGUUGCUUGUUGGUGUGGGCACGUUGAUGGCGAUUUGGGGCGAGAAUCCGACGGUGUUUGAGGCGAGUAAUUUGCUUUCUGGAUAUGUGGGCAAUGCGAUGGCUGCGUUGUUUGGGCUCGUCAAUGCCGUCUGGUCGAGCUAUCUCGUUGUCAGAUUCCACCACCACGACACCGUCUGCAAGCGUAACGAGUCUCUCACGGCCACCCAGAAGAAACGUCUACACACCCGCUUCCGCCGCUUCCAAUGGCACUCGGUCGCCAACGCAGUCAACGGCCUCGUCGCUGGUGCUGCCUCCAUGGUCACUGCCACUAUGUGGUGGGGAUACACCGUGCUCAUCCCCUGCAUCAUCUCCCUCAUCCUGUGCAACUACUUCUGGCGCCACAAGCUCGGCUACGACAGACCCAUGGUGUCGACCUCCUCCCCUUCCUCGGCUUCAUCCUCGCCCACCCCCCUCCUCCCCAUCAUGGACGACCUCGCCUGCGUCUCAUCCAUCCACACAGCCCUCGCCAGCGAUAACCCCUUACCACGCACGGUAAUCAACCUCGACUCGCUCGACUCCGUGGUGCAAUUCAUCGUGCACCACCAAAUGUUCGACGCGUACUGCGAGUUCAUCCUGCGCGAUACGAAAAUCUACAAAACCAUCUUCGCGUCCCAGGCGGAACUCGUUCUCUCGCCAGAGGAUAUCCUGCGAAUCCGCCAUCCGGAUAAUGUGCGGCUGAUGCUGGACCGGUCGAAUCGGUUUCUGAGAGUCGUGGGGAGGAAAUUGUUUGCGUACCGCGAGCGGUAUUUGCUGGAGGUUGUGGGAUAUGCGGUUUGGAAGGAGUCGCUUUAAUAUAUGGAACCUCGGAUUGAUCCAUGAUCUUAUUCACCUAUGGUGCUGGAUGUGGUGCAGGUCACUCGAUCAUGUAUGGAUAUACAUCGAUUUGCUGUGCAAAAUAAUAAUACAUACAUAGAACUACAAUAAUCAAUCAACCAAAAUAACCCAAAUAACACGAA